AUGCAGCUGUUUGAGUGGGCAUUUGGGAAGAAGCUUACGCCUCAAGAAAGGCUAAGAAAAAACCAAAGAGCUUUAGAAAAGACACAAAGAGAAUUAGAAAGAGAAAAGAAUAAACUAGAGCAGCAACAAAAGAAGUUGAUUGCAGAGAUAAAGAAAUCUGCAAAAAAUGGUCAAAUGGGUGCUUGUAAAAUACAAGCUAAAGAUCUUGUGAGAACUAAAAGAUACAUUGAAAAAUUUAACAGCAUGAAGACCUCAUUACAAGCUAUAUCAUUGAGAAUUCAAGCUGUUAGAAGUAGUGAUCAAAUGACCCAAUCAAUGAAAGAUGCAACAAGAUUAUUAGGAUCAAUGAACCGUUCAAUGAAUUUACCACAGUUGCAAAAAAUAGCCAUGGAUUUUGAGAAAGAAAAUGAUAUAAUGGAUCAAAGACAAGAAAUGAUGGAUGAUGCUAUAGAUGAUGCAAUUGGUGAUGAAUACGAAGAUGAUGAAGAAGCUGAUGAAAUUGUCAAUAAAGUUUUGGAUGAAAUUGGUGUUGAUUUGAAUUCACAAAUGAAGGACACUCCUCAAGGUUUGGAUACUGGUGUUGCUGAAAGGGAGCGUGUCCCUCAAGCUGUAGGUGCUAAUGGUGAGGGCGAUGGUGAAGAUGAUGAUUUACAAGCAAGAUUGAAUAGUCUAAAGAAACGUUGA